AUGUCCCAUGACGGAAAAGAAGAACCUGGUAUUGCCAAAAAGAUAAACUCAGUAGAUGAUAUUAUUAUCAAAUGUCAAUGCUGGGUCCAAAAAAAUGAUGAAGAACGAUUAGCUGAAAUUUUAUCCAUAAACACAAGAAAAGCACCACCAAAAUUCUAUGUUCACUAUGUUAAUUACAACAAGCGUUUAGAUGAGUGGAUUACCACUGACAGAAUAAACCUGGAUAAAGAAGUACUAUAUCCGAAACUAAAGGCUACUGAUGAAGAUAAUAAGAAACAAAAAAAGAAGAAGGCAACAAAUACUAGUGAAACGCCACAAGACUCUCUGCAAGAUGGUGUAGAUGGUUUCUCAAGAGAAAAUACGGAUGUUAUGGACUUAGAUAAUCUAAAUGUACAGGGAAUAAAAGAUGAGAACAUAUCACACGAGGAUGAGAUAAAAAAGCUUAGAACCUCCGGCUCUAUGACACAAAAUCCACAUGAGGUGGCUCGAGUUAGAAAUCUCAAUCGAAUCAUUAUGGGGAAAUAUGAAAUAGAACCAUGGUACUUUUCUCCAUAUCCUAUUGAAUUAACUGAUGAAGAUUUUAUAUAUAUCGACGAUUUCACGUUGCAGUAUUUUGGAUCUAAGAAACAAUACGAACGCUACAGGAAGAAAUGUACAUUAAGACAUCCGCCAGGAAAUGAAAUCUACAGAGACGAUUAUGUUUCAUUCUUUGAAAUCGAUGGUAGAAAGCAAAGGACUUGGUGUCGAAACUUGUGUUUACUUUCCAAACUUUUCCUAGAUCACAAAACAUUAUACUAUGACGUUGAUCCGUUUUUGUUUUAUUGCAUGACGAGACGAGAUGAGUUGGGUCACCAUCUGGUGGGAUAUUUUUCCAAGGAAAAAGAAUCCGCGGAUGGUUACAAUGUUGCAUGUAUCUUAACACUACCACAAUACCAAAGGAUGGGAUAUGGUAAGUUAUUGAUUGAAUUUUCGUAUGAAUUGUCGAAAAAGGAAAACAAAGUUGGUUCUCCCGAGAAACCUUUGUCUGAUUUGGGUCUCUUAUCCUAUAGAGCCUAUUGGUCGGACACUCUCAUAACGCUAUUAGUGGAACACCAGAAGGAAAUUACUAUAGACGAAAUAAGCUCCAUGACUUCGAUGACCACUACAGAUAUAUUACACACAGCAAAGACACUGAAUAUCCUGCGAUAUUACAAGGGUCAGCAUAUUAUUUUCCUGAAUGAAGAUAUUUUAGAUAGGUACAAUCGACUUAAAGCCAAAAAGAGAAGGACAAUAGACCCUAAUAGACUCAUAUGGAAACCACCGGUAUUUACUGCCUCUCAGUUACGCUUUGCCUGGUAA